AUGUCAAGAAACGAUUCUAUACUAUUUAGAAAUCAAAAUUAUAAGUCUGACACCGAAUACGUGGUGAAGGUGGCCAAGACCCUGUUAACGCCCAUUGGUAUCUGGCCGCUAUAUCGAGGCAACUCUAGAUCCGACAAGAUCAAGAAUUAUAUCCAGACGAGUUUAAUAUUCUGCUUGAUGUGCUUUCUGCUCAUUCCACACGUCAUAUAUACCUUCUUCGACGCGGAGGAUCUGACCAGAUAUAUGAAAGUCAUAGCCGCUCAGGUAUUCAGCUUGCUCGCCAUUAUUAAAUUCUGGACGAUGAUCAUCAACAGGGAGGGCAUCAGAUAUUGCCUGCAGCAAAUGGAAAUUCAAUACAGGGAUGUGGAGUGCGAGGAGGAUCGGUUGGUGAUGACGAAGAAUGCCAAAAUCGGCAGACUAUUUACCAUAACGUAUUUGGGAUUAUCAUACGGCGGCGCAUUGCCUUAUCACAUAAUCAUGCCACUAUUAGCAGACAGAAUCGUCAAAGAAGACAACACGACGCAGAUACCCUUGCCGUACCUCAGCGACUAUAUUUUCUUCGUGGUGGAAGACUCGCCUCUCUAUGAGAUCAUCUUCGUCUCGCAGAUUUUAAUCAGCAGCGUCAUCCUCUCUACAAAUUGUGGCGUUUACAGCUUAAUAGCCACCUGUGUAAUGCACAGUUGUUGCUUAUUCGAAGUCGUACGCAGGCAGAUGGAAACGAUCCUCAAUGAUGGAACCGACAAUCUCCACGAGCGACUCGGAAGAAUAAUCGAAAACCACAUACAAGCCAUCAAAUUUGCAGAGAUGAUUGAGAAAUCAUUAAAUAUUUUUUUAUGCGAAAUGGUUGGCUGCACUAUUAUUAUAUGUUUUCUGGAAUUCGGAGUUCUUAAGGAAUGGGAAGAUGGCAAGAUCUUACCCAUGGGUACAUAUUUUGUUCUAAUGACAUCUAUAUUCGUAAAUGUUUAUAUUAUAUCUGCUAUCGGCGAUCGCCUUAAAGAAGAAAGCGAAAAAGUAGGAGAAUCGUCAUAUUCGAUCUAUUGGUAUGAUUUGCCAACAAAAAUCGUAAGCGAUUUAAUUCUGAUAAUACUCAGAUCAAGCCGCCCAUCAACCUUGACAGCUGCGAAAAUAUUUGAUCUCUCCCUUCAAGGAUUCUGCGAGGUUUGCAAAACAUCAGCGGCGUAUUUCAAUUUUAUACGAGCGAUGACAACAUAAAUUUUCGAAUAAUAUCGCAUCGAAUAAUAUCGCAUAAAAUAUCAAGUAUCAAAUAUCUAUAAUAAAUACUAAACUGUCACUAAAAUAUAAUAUAUUUCACUUUUUUUAACAAAACACUUUUCUGUCGAGUAACAAAUUGUAUUACUAACAGUUACUUAAAUAACAUGUAAUUUCCAUAUAUAUCUUUAUAUCCACGAUUCUAUCUUUUCUUGGAAAAAAUUUAUUUAAAUUACAGCUUUGUACUGCACCUUCUAACUUCACAAUUGCGUAAUGCGUAUUCUUUGUUUAGAACUUUAUUUAUUGUCCUAUCAUUAUUUUUCCCCUUUCGAAACUCUUUUUUAUUCGAGUAUUAUCACAGUUAUUUCAUAAAACGUAAAUUGUAAGUAAUAUAAAAUUACUGUUAUU